AUGGUUGCCCACAGUGGCAAGACCUGGUGUCGCUGCGGCACCUGCAACCAAGAGUUCUGUGAAGACGACAAAACUCUGCCAGCCAACCUGACCAUUGGAAAGGAUGAGCCGAGUGAAGAGGAAAAUCAGAAUAGCAAUCCACAACAGCCCCCGGAGCAGCCGGCCACCGCUACGGAGGCGGAGGCCACGGCGGAUGGGGAGACCGCACAAGCAGGUGGUGAUUCGACCUCAGAGCUGGUUGAAGAGUCCAUAGAGCCUUACGCUGCCACCCUGCCUAUUCUCACCCUCUGCCGCAUGCUGGAG